AUGAUGCGGGCACUCUUGGAAGAGUACUUCGACUCGGUGCAUUGGUUUAGCUUGGUCAUCUAUGAGCCAAGAUUCCGGCCAAAACUCGACUCUAUCAAGGAUGGCCUCGCUUAUUCGUCGCAGAAGUCAUUCCUCCUCCUCCUGUCCACAGUUGUGGGAAUGGGAGCAUGGUACAAGUCUCACAGGAAGGACGUGGAUCCGGACUUUCCAGGCGAGGAUUGGCACGCCUGGUCGCAGUCCCUCGUUCAAGGCGCGGGUUCCCAAUUGGCUGAACUGAUGGACCAGAGUACCAUCUCGUCUGUUCAGACGUGUAUCUUGCUCGGCUCCUACUAUGUCUACCAUGGGAAGCCUAAUCUAUCCUUUGCGUUACUAGGCGCAACCAUUCGAACGGCACAAGCCAUCGGCCUCCACCGCCAGCCGCUACGAGGCGAUCCUCACUAUGUCGAAGAGAGGAAAAGAGUCUGGUGGACUAUCUACACAUGGGACCGGUUCGCUUCUAUUACGUACGGACGACCCAUCGGCAUCAACGAGAAGGACUGCAAUACACACCACCCGAUUGACGUAUGCGAGUCGCCCUACUUCAGAGGGACGAACCCCCCAGAAGCCGACUUAACAAUAUGUUACUCGUCCUACCAACGAGAGCUCAACAAACUCUACCUUAUCGCGUCACCCAUCAUCGAGACCAUCUUCGGGAUGCGGGCGGUGGGACCCAACGAACGGCCGAGCGGACCACAAUACACUGAUCAGAUCACGCACGUGACGGAGAAGCUUUGGGCGUGGCGCCGACAUCUGCCACCUCAUCUUCUACUAGACAUGGCUGCUGACUGCAGUAUGGAUCAAUCACGCACCGCACGGGUGCACCAGCUGCAAGCGUUGUCCCUCCAGCUUACAUUUGACAACCUCCUCAUCAUCUUCAAUCGCCCGUUAAUCGCAAAACAAGUGGACCACCUCAUCAGGACGCAACCGGAAAGCGGGCAUGGUAACGCACUAUCUCCGGCAAGUCUUACGAACACCGAAUCCCCAUUUCAUGCGGUUCAUGAGUCUAGCCCGCUCAACAGAAGCCACAUGUCGAGCACGGAGCAAUGGUGGGACGCCGCGCUGAGAACAUCAAAGGUGACGGAGCUACCACGGCUUUCUCAGCUAGCCACUGAUAGCCACCUGGUAGCUUUCUUGGCUAUCAAUCUGUUCAACUCUGCAAUCGUCAUGGCUGUGUUGGCGCUGUCUGACCCACUCUCGGACAGAGCACAGGAAGUGAAAAGGACAAUCACACGCAUCUUUCGCUUGCAAGAGCUACUCGGCAAAAAGACACAGCUCUCGAUGCAGAGUAAUGCGGUCCUCAAAGACGUCAUCCAGAUGCUGCUGCGCAGAGAAGCAGAUGCCAUCUUUGGCGAGAGCGAUGUGACAAGAUCGCACACCGGGACGGCGCAGAUGUCUGUCGAAGACACCCUUCGUCUGCCGACGCAACUGCCACCGAGUGGACACAACAGACAGCAACAGAGUACAGUUGACAGCAUGCAACGCGUUCACGAGAGCAUGGCGUCAGUACAGAGAGUGUUUCCCGCCGCCCUCGAUAGCGUCUCCCGUGACGACUCAGCUUAUGUCCCGCAACGGGGCACGAAUGACGGUGGCAUGAAUCACCUGCCUAGCGAACACAAUGAUUGGACAAAUGCUAGCACCGGAGGCUUCAACCUCGAAGGCGAGCUGGACUGGAUCAGCGAUGAAAACGGUGUUGAUGUUACUGGCAAUGGCCUCUACUGGUUCUGGGAUUCCGUCUGGAACGAGCCACAAUUCUAG